UUCCUCUCUCGUAUCCGCCCCUCCACCUUACCACCAGUCUCGAUCAGCGACAAUGGCCACUAGCAACUCCUCCACGCUUCAUAAACAAGAUGUCAGCCUCGAGCCCACCGAGCUCAUCAAGGCCGACAAGACUCCGCCCGCCUUCGGGCAUGACAUGCACUCUAUUUUUAUGCUCGACCCUGACUUCACAGCUCUGAACAACGGCUCAUACGGCACGCUCCCGCGUCCUGUCCUCGCCGCAUGCGACGCACUCACCGCGCGCAUCGAGUCGAGCCCGGACCGCUUCAUGAAGCUCGACAUGCCGGGGAUACUCUCUGACGCGCGUAGGCGCGUCGCGGAGUUCGUCAAGGCUGAGCAUGACGAGAUCGUCCUCGUCCCUAACGCAUCGCAUGCCUUCGCCACCAUCCUGUCAAACUUUGAGUGGGAGAAGGGGGACGUGCUUCUCGGAGCUACAACAACGUACAGUUCCUUCGGCACAACUCUCGAAUACCUCAGCGACAAGCACCCGCACCCGACCAUUGAGACUUUCGAGCUUCUUUUCCCGACGUCGCACGCGCAGAUCCUCGCCGACUGGCGCGCCUUCAUCGCGCGCAUCGCCGCUGCCCACCCGCGCACUUCCGCCUCCUCUAGUGAUGGUCCGACGCAGAAGGGGUUCAAGUUCGGCGAACGCAAAAUCGUCGCCGUCAUUGACUCGAUUGUGUCCAACCCCGGCGUCCUGCUCCCCUGGAAGGAGAUGGUUUCAGUGUGCGCCGAGUACGGAGUAUGGUCGCUCGUCGACGGGGCGCAUUCGCUUGGGCAGGAGAUGGAUUUGGAUCUGGGAAAGGAUAAGCCUGAUUUUUGGUUGUCGAACUGCCACAAGUGGCUCUCGGCCAAACGAGGCUGCGCGGCGAUGUAUGUGCCCAGGAGGAACCAGCAUGUCGUGCGCUCGCCGAUUCCGACGCCGGCAGUGUACAAGUCGCUGCAGGGUGAGGGGUACGAUGGGCCUCAAGAUUUCGCACUCCUCUUUGAAUGGACCGGUACGGUCGACUACGUGCCCUUGCUCAGCAUAGCUCCAGCCCUCGACUUCCGCCGCUGGCUCGGCGGCGAAAACCGCAUCAAUGCCUACUGCCACACACUCGCCCUGCGCGGCGGCACCGUCCUCGCGCGCGAGCUCGGCACCUCCUUUCUCCAAUCCACGUCGGCCUCCCCAAACAACAUCGACGAAUUCACGCUCAACAUGGUGAAUGUCGAGCUGCCGAUCGACGGGGACAUCGAGGAGACUGCGGAGAUCAAAGACAUUCUCAUUCAUACCCUCAUCGCGGAGCAUGGGGUGUAUGCGGCGCAUUUUAGACACAACAGGCGGUGGUGGGCGAGGGCGAGUGCGCAGAUUUGGAACGAGGAAUCGGACUUUGUCAAGCUUGCGCGGGCGCUGAAGGCGGCGAGUAAUAGGGUGCAGAAGCAUGCUGGCCGUGAGCCUCAUUAGAUGGCAUUGUCAACCUCCAUACCCUCUAAUGCCCUGUUCUGUCUUCAAACCACAAAAUUGGAAAACAAGUGUCGUCCGGAGAAACAUUCAAUAAAAUGUACAAAUAAAAGAGGUCGAUGGUACGAGUAAGUGUAGAUUACUAUAGCGUCGGAUGGAGCGAAAUAAAGACUUUAACAUAAGAAAUACCAUCUAUGCACUUGUCCCGAUGGUCACUCCGGCCCCAAUCCCGCCAACGCUAAGGUAUGUCGCAGGCGCAUUCUGGUACGUGCCCCACAUCAUGUACGAGUAGCUCGAGUACGCAAAGUUUGCGUGAGGUACCACAAAGGUAGAGUUGUACCAGGGCUGCUCCGCCGAGAUCUCAACUUGCGCACGUGAGAUCAAUAUCGGGAGGUCAGCGUUGUCGGUGCUGGUGGCGUCGUUCGGGUUGUAGUUGGGCGGCUGCAGAUAGUAGUUGACGUAUUGGGGGAUGUAGCCGAGCUGCACGCCGCAGGCAAAGUCCGCGUUCACAGAUACGGUCUGUCCUGGGAUCAAAGUGGUGGUGUUCAGAGUGAACCCGCCGAAGCGUGCCGCUUCGGGGCAAGAGCCAGAUUGCGCGGAAACGGCGCCAGCGGCGGCCAAGAUGGCGGCACUCGAGAAAGUGGCUUUCAUAUCGACGAGAGGUACUUAGUUAACAAGCGGGGGGAAGAGGG